UUUCGGUGAAAAAGACAACUGACACAGGUGACAGCCACAAGCAGGAAAGUCCCUCUUUAAAACAAUAGCAGGGCUGAUUUACAAACUAAAAGUACACUGCACAGAAAGGAAAAAAAGAGAGAAUAAAAUCAUCUAAAACACGCAAGGUCUUUGAAAAUGUCUCGAUCGGAGUUUGACAGCGAGUUUCUGUACAACUUACCCGCAUCUGUUAUGAGUGACUUUAUACGGCUUAUGGACUCGUUUUCACACACGGACUGGAUAUUAUUUGCUUCACAGAUAAUAUCUGAUCAGACUGAGCUGCGCCUUUUGGAGCAAAGCAGCAGACGGACAGACGAACUUAUGCACAAAUGGGGCUGUCGCAAUGGGACAGUUGGAGAACUUCUGAAGAUUCUUGAGGACCUGCAGUGGUUUAGACCUCGUGAUAUCAUCCUUGAAUGGAUAUGUAUUCAGCAGACUCGCUUGGUGCAACAGUACUCUUCAACAGUACCACAAUCUACAAUAUCUCAACCAAGUACAGACAUCUAUGUCGAAAAGCUUCUCCCUGUGCCUGAAAUCAGACGACUACCCAAGCCUGGCCCUCCACCCCCUGAUCUGGAUUCUAUUUAUUCAAGAGUCCUUAAUAAGGAAGAAGAGUGCCCAUGCGAGAACCGUAAGGACCCCCUGCCUCUUUCCUUUAAUGUGAUGAACUGGCCAAUUGAGGAAAUACAGAAAGGUACAUGCAACUUUUCCAAGUGCAAGCAGAUUGGAGAGGGAGGUUUUGGACACGUGUACAGAGCUACAAUGAGAAACACUGAAUUUGCCGUGAAGAAGCUGAAAGAGGACUGCCAUUUGGCCUGGAAUAUCUUGAAGGAAAGUUUCAGGACAGAAGUGGAGCAACUCUCACAAUACAGACAUCCCAACAUAAUGGACCUUGUUGGCUACAGUAUAGAAGGACAAAAUUAUUGUAUCAUAUAUGUUUACAUGCCAAAUGGCUCUUUAGAAGACCGGCUUCAUUGUGAGGACAGCAAUGCCCUCUCUUGGCCACAGCGUGUAAAUAUCUUACUGGGCACUGCCAGAGCUAUCCAGUACCUGCAUUCUUGUUCACCUGCGCUUAUUCAUGGAGAUAUCAAGAGUUCUAAUGUCCUUUUAGGGGAUCACCUGGAGCCCAAACUGGGGGACUUUGGAUUGGCACGUUUAAGUCAGAACCCCAAUAGAACUCCGGGCAAGACGUCCAGUGUAGCUCACACUUCAACGGUACGAGGAACACUUGCAUACCUCCCAGAAGAGUACUUGAAGGAUGGACAUCUGAGCGUGGAGAUUGAUGUUUAUAGCUUUGGAGUGGUUUUGUUAGAGAUACUUUCUGGCCGAAGGGCUCUUGAGUGUGAUGUCCAUUCCAAAACUAUUUACUUGAAAGAUCUGGUAACAUUGAUGGAGGAUGAUGGAAGCAGUUUCAGCAGAGGGAAGCACUCACGGGAGAAGUCCUCUUCUCAAGCAGCAGAGAACAUCUGCAGGAAACAUCUGGAUCCUCGAUUGAUGACUAAAGACACAUCUGCCCUUUAUGGUUCAAUGGAAAUCACUCAAAUGGCAUGUCAAUGUUUAGACCGACGUAGAAAGAAGAGACCUCGAAUGACUGAAGUGUUCAAAGAACUUCAAGAGGUGGAUUCAGUGUUGAAGACCUCUUGCAGAUCAACUAUGGUCAGAAUGUCUCCUGUAUCAUUACAUCCAUCCACCCCUGAGCCUCUGCGCUCUGACAGUUGCACCCUGGACUCUCUUGCCAAUCAAUUUUCUAAACUCCGCCCUCAAGAGAACACUUACCCCUACAUUCACAAUCCUGGCUUUCCUACUUUGACCUCUGUAGUGACCCAGACUGACCUUUCAGAGUCAGAGUGGAAUGCUGAUUCGUGGGGUUCACUGUCCUGUGGAAUACCAUGUGAAUCGGAUGAGAGUCAAGGCUUCUCUCAGUACUUAACAAGUCACGAUAGCAGAUCUGAGCAGUCAUCUUGUAGGUCCUGUGAAAUUCCGGGCACUAAAUCAACUGGUUCUUUAGUUGAUGACCCCUCACAGUCCAAUUCAAAUAAAGAAAUCUCUGAUCAGGAAGUUUUUAUUAAUCCUGUGAGACAGCGACUUGUCCAGAAGAUGGACCUUUAUGAAGAGGGCAGAAUUCUGACUUCUGAUCUGCUAUCAUCAGGUGACUCAUAUAGAGGGAUAAACACUCAAACAAGGGAGCCAGAAGAGAGUGAUGAGUUUGCAAGUGAGACCUCUGAAACCCAUGUACAGUCACCUACUGCAGUAUAAGACCAGAACUUGUCUGGUCCAGAAAGAAAAGCACACACAAACAUAUUUUCACGAAAUAUUUAUAAAUUCUAGGAAUUUCUUUGUGGUACACUUGUUUACGGCAAUGGUAGAAAAAAAAAGACUUUCGUAAAUACCUCAUAUCUGCCAAUGCUGGAGAAUUACGCUACUUUUUAUUUUUUUAAUAGAAACUGGUAAAACGUGGUAUGGUAAUAGCAAGCAAGUGCAAGCUGUGUAACUGUACAUUACUGACAGGUCAGAGACAGAGGUAGUGUCUCAUUUAUAAUUAUACGCCUGUUAUUUUGGCGAUCUGAUGUCUGGUGGUUUUUUGGGCUUUGUUCUCAGAGACUUGGUGAAAAAGUCAUGUUUAUGGAUUAUGGCAAAAACACCUACAUGUAUGAGAGUACUAUUUAACAUUAAUAACUAUCCUGUUUGUAAGGGACUAACCGGUGGUACACUUAAGAGGUUGACCGAUAUUGGAUUUUGCCGAUAACAAUAGCUGAGGUGGUGUAAAAGGCAGAUAACCGAUUAAUUAGUCGAUAGUUUUUAAAUAAAUUUAUAGAAUGUUAGCAAAAACUUCUUAUUCUUUCAUUACUAUGACGCAGACUUAGAGGCUACAAAAUAAAUGAAUUCCCAGAUUCACUAAAAUUCCAAUAAUAACCAGACAAAAAAAAUUAAGAUUUGGUGCAUCACGUGGGACUUUUAACCAUAAUCAAACCUUAAACCCACCAGGGACACUUAUUUUGAAAUGAUCCUCUUUUUUUUUAGCCCAUACAUUCACCAGGUGUGUGUGUGUGUGUGUGUGUGUGUGUGUGUGUGUGUGUGUGUGUGUGUGUGUGUGUGUGUGUGUGUGUGUGUGUGUGUGUGUACGUGUACACACAGUUGAGGUUUAGAAGUUUAAAAACACUUAGGUUGAAGUUAUUCAAAUACAUUUUUUUUAACCACUCCACAGAUUUCAUAUUAGCAAGCUUUAGUUUUGGACAUCUACUUUUUGCAAGACACAAGUACAUUUUCCAAUUAUUUACAGAGAUUGUUUCACUUUUAUUUGACUAUAUCACAAUUCCGGUGGGUCAGAAGUUUACAUACACUAACUUAACUGUGCCUUUAAGCAGCUUGGAAAAUUCCAGAAAAUUAUGUCAAGCCUUUAGACAAUUAGCUUCUGAUAGCGAGUGUACUGAAUAGGUGUACCUGUGGAUGUAUUUUAAGGCCUACCUUCAAACACAGUGCCUCUUUGCUUGACAUCAUGGAAAAAUCUAAAUAAAUCAGCCAAGACCUCAGAAGAAAAAUUGAGAACCUCCAAAAGUCUGGUUCAUCCUUGGGAGCAAUUUCCAAAUGCCUGAAGGUACCACAUUCAUCUGUAAAAACAAUAGUACACAAGUAUAAACACCAUGAGACCACGCAGCAUCAUACUGCUCAGGAGGGAGACGCAUUCUGUCUCCUAGAAAUUAAUGUAGUUUGGUGCGAAAAGUGCAAAUCAAACCGUGAGCAACAGCAAAAAACCUUGUGAAGAUGCUGGAGGAAACGGGUAGACGAGUAUCUAUAUCCACAGUAAAACUAGUCUUAUAUCGACAUAACCUGAAAGGCUGCUCAGUAAGGAAGAAGCUACUGCUCCAAAACCGCCAUAAAAAGCCAGUUUGCAAGUGCACAUGGGGACAAAGAUCUUACUUUUUGGAGAAAUGUCCUCUGGUCUGAUGAAACGAAAAUGUAACUUUAGCCAUAAUGACCAUUGUUAUGUUUGGAGGUAAAAGGUUUAGGCUUGCAAACCGAAAAACACAGAAUACUCACAUUUUCCUUUGUAUGACCUUGCACACUAUCAAAAUAACAAGAUAUGCAUUAUAGUGAGGAUAAAAAUAUAGAUGAAUUUUCUCAGUGAUUAAAGAUUUAGAUACAGUAAAUCUCCACGAGGUGACAGUGAUUGUUUUUAUUUCACCAUUGCUGCUGUUAUAAGAACUGUAGAAUCCUCCAGCGCUGGCCACAGUGUAUAAAAAAAACAUUGGCAACUAUCGGCAUAGAUUUUGCUGAUAACUGAUUGUUUCAUAAAGCAACUAUCGGCACUGAUUAAUCGGUAAAACCGAUAUAUCGGUCUACCUCUGGUACAUUUAUAUAUUUAAAUAGGUUUUUAACCUUUGUCAUGCACAUUUUCAGAAAUGUAACAUUUGAGAAUAUGAAAUGUUUGUUAUUUUGUUUAAAAAAAAUUGUUGAUUGUAUUAAACUACAGCAAUAACUAAAUAACUGCUUUGUUGUUUAAGUUUAUGUUUUC